AUGGACAGAACAAUGAUGGAGUACACGGUGGGUAAAUCUGUCACGUGGAGUUUUCGACAAGCCACAGUAGGAGUCAUAACACAGAAAUCUGAAGUUAUGGAGCAUGUAGUCUGCAGCAGAGAAUUAUAUACCAUUUGGAAAAAACUCCAGGUAUACUAUGGCAGUGAUGGAGAGUCUGGCCAUAAGGCAUCAACUGAACAUGUCACUGGAGCUGUCCCUCAUGAGCUGGUGCUGUCAGAUACACAAUAA